CCUCUUCCGACUUUAAUCGGCUACGUCUGCCACCAAAACGAAAGUUUCACUACCAUCCAGUAUAUACGCAGUUGCGUCGACCCAAUCGCAAAAAUGGAUCUCUCGAACAUCUUCCGAAUCGUUAACAUCGUCGUUGGCGUGCUCAUGGUCUUGGGUGGUAUUUCCCAGUUCUUCCCUGCGUCCAUGAGCUCCAUCAUUGUUGGCGUCUAUGUGAUUAUCUUUGGUCUCCUUGUUGGUGGAUUGGAGUUCCUGCCCAACGUUCCCGACUACGUCUACCGCUACGCGUCCUUCCUGUUCUCCUUUCUGGGACGCGGUGGCUUCUACAUCUUCGUCGGGUCGAUCCUGUUGCACGAUAACGUCCUGCGCUAUAUUGCGGGCUCCCUCGUCGGCUUCAUCGGUCUGGGAUACAUUGCCCUGGAGUUCAUUCCCUCCAUCGAGCCUCCGUCUAACAUGCGCGAGACUGACCAGGGUUGGGGCGCUGAGCAGGUCUAAGCAUGGUGCGCGUGUUGCGGGAACAGUUGGGUGAUGUGGCCUCGCGUGAUGUCUGCACACGUGCUCGGAUAAAGGUUGUUGCUACUCAAGUCUGCAGCCGCGGCCCUUGUCACCACGAACGCGCAAGCGUCGGGUCAUGUCAGUUCAGCCUGUUCGGAGUAUGACCGUGUACGGCCGGCGGUAAAGUGAUAAACUUCUCUCUUUAUCCCUCUUAUUUGAAUGCUUGAUGAU